GCCAGCACGUCGCCACGGGACAGCAGCAGUGCAGCGCAGCUCAGCCACCCCGUGCGUCCCACGCCAGCGCGCAGACACGCCCCGCCCAAUCCAACCGAGCCGAGGAGCGAUCGCCGUACCCCAGCACCGGACCACCAAGCAGCACAAUGAGUUCUGACGCCCCGCCGGCCGAGCAGAAGCAGCAGCCGCAGGAGCAGGAGGAGAAGACGAACGAGGAGGAGGAGCAGAAGAAGAGCGAGGACAAGAAGGAGAUAGAGGACGAGGAGCGCGAGCAGAUGCUGAACGCGGAGAACCGCGACCGCGACGGCGGCGGCGGCGACGGCCAGCAGCCGGAGGUGGGCGGCGUGCAGAAGAUGCGGCGCGUGCUCGAGGAGUCCGACCACGAGCCGCAGUCCGCCGGCAAGAAGAAGAUACCCAUCGGCGGCAUCCGCAUCCCGGGGUUCCUCCGCAGCCGCUCCCGCGAGAAGACCAAGGAGGGCGAGCUGGACGGAGAGGAGGCGAAGGACCUGCUGCAGCAGGAGUCGGGCCAGCAGCCGCAGGCGGACGGCGCCGGGGGCGGCGAGGGAGACACCCCGCGCAGGCCCAAGCUGCUGCCCAACCCCUUCGCCAAGAAGAAGGAGCAUGAACUUGGUGCUGCCGGGCUUGCGUCGAUGGAGACUCUGGAUGACAGCAGCGCUGCUGUACAAGACGACGGCAUGGAGAGCGUCAAGCUCGACAUGGACGAGAAGCCUGAUCCAGAGAAGUCUGGUGCAGAUGAAGCGAGUAAACAAGACUGGAGACAAAGACUACGUCAUCUUUCAAAGUUUCGUCUCAUAAUUGGUGGAGUUGCACUGUUUGUCAUACUGCUGAUAAUAAUAGUUGUGAUUGCUGCGUCUGGUCCAAGGCGAGCACCACCUGUUUCUCAUCUUAUAGAUGGAAUUUAUGUGCAAGCAGUUACGGGUUGUGGACCUGUUCAUGGGCUUGUGGAAGAAGGAGCGCACGUUUUUCGUGGUAUUCCAUAUGCACGUCAGCCUGUUGGUGACCGUCGAUGGCAGCCAGCUCAAUUAUUGCAGCACCUAGCAGACUGCUGGAAUGGUACAUUGCGUGCAGUGAAGGAAGCACCCCCUUGUCUCCAACGCCUUCCCAAUGGAACCUGGUUUGGUUCGGAAGACUGCCUUCAUUUAGAUCUUGUGACUCCUCGUGUCACAUAUGAUGGUCAGCUGCCUGUUAUAGUACUUGUAGGAGCAGAUACAAUGCUUGGUCCUUCUCCUAGUGCUCUGCGUACACCAUCACCUGAGCUAUCACGUACCCGUGAAGUGGUAUUUGUUCGCCCAGGAUUUCGUCUGGGCCCAAUUGGUCUGUUAGCUGCCCAUCCAUUGUCUACUUCAUCACGUCGUCAUACCUCAGGGAAUUAUGCUCUCUCAGAUCUAAUAGCUGCAUUGACAUGGAUCCAGCAUAAUAUUCACAAUUUUGGUGGUGAUCCAAAGGCGGUGACUAUACUUGCUCAUCGUGCUGGAGCAACAAUGGUGACAGCAUUAGCCACAUCCAAACAAGCCCAAAAACUGUUUGCGCGUGCUUGGUUGUCUAGUGGCUCAGCAAUCUUUCCUGGCCAGCCACUAAGUGAAUCAGAGCGUGAAUCAAUGACAUACUUAAGACGGAUUCGAGCUUGUGAAGACAACCUCACUGCUGGAUGUUUGCAAUCUGUGGAUGCUUCAGAACUUGUUGAGCUUUUGCCUCCUGAAUGGGAACCUCGACAACCAGGAUUGCCCAAUCCAGACAAUUCCACCCCCGAGAUUCACAAGUGGCUUGUACUUGAUGGACACAUUUUACAGAGACAUGUCUAUGAAGUCCUGAACGAGAACAAUGUCUCUGUCAAAAUGGUUAUAGGAACAACUGCCCAUUCUGAGGGAAGUGAUGAGUUGCAUCAGAGGUACAAAGACUGGCAGAUAAACAAUGAGACUGUGAAGCAAUUGGAACAGAGUGAAGUUGGACAAAAAGGUCUUGCAGAGGAAGCAGUGAGACGUUAUGGAACCAGCUGGCCAGGAAUAGCAUCACUGGUGUCUGACAUUCGCACCGUGUGUCCGCUGCUGCAUUUGGCAAGACAAACUGUUCCACCCAUUCCCUUCUAUGUUGUGAAGCAACCACGAGGUGAAAUUGCUGAUGUAGAUGUUGAUGUUGAUGCUAUAUUAGGUCGCUACAUUCCAAGAAACACCGAACAGAGGCGCUAUGUGACAGCUAUGCAGCAAGUCUUCUACCGCUUUGUUGCCCAAGGUGAGCUCCGCCGCCGGGAAGGUGGACAACAGGUGCUGCUAAUAGAGCAAGAUGCUAAUCCUAGUAAUGAAUAUCCUGAUUGUGACAUGUGGCUGAGUAAAGACAUUGUUCCAAGAUAUGGACGUGUAGACUGAAAAUUUUUUUGACAGAACUUGUGUGCUUUUGAGAAGACUUCACACAGGCAGUUCAGUGAAAGAAACAUGUAUUGCAUGGUCAGUUGUAUGAAAUAAUUACAUCAUCAGCCUGUGAUAUUUGCUAGUCCUUCUAUUCACUUUAGUUUGUUCCUCAUUUACUUUGCAAAUAAAUCAAACUGCUGGCUGUCAAUUGGUGGGUACUAAAAUUUUCAUCAACAGCUGCAUAUUUGAGACCAAUCAGUCUCAGGGACUUUUUGAUGUUUGAGCAAAAGGAAAUUAAUAUCUUGGGUCUUAUAGAUGUAUACAGUUUGUAUGGACAAAACUAUUUUAUUGAAAAACUUUGACUUUUAUAAAGAAACAUAAAUUUUCCAAUAUUUGAGAUACAAUAAAACUUUUUCUACCAUGAGAACCAAUAUUAGAGUUGUACUGACAACAGUUUUCAGUAAAAAGUAUGGCGUAGCAAGCUGAGAAGAAGCUGAAAUUCAUUCCUGAGUCAUAGCACCACCAGCAUAUGCAAUAGAUAAGCCAGUAAUUAAAUGGUUGUUUUUCACACCAAAAAUUAAAUUUCAGAAGACUUUACUCUCUUUAUUCCGUCACAUUAUUUAGAUGACAAACUGGUAUGCUUUGACAGUGUUUAAAAAAGUUAACUUCAAACAAAAGAGUCCAAGAAUUUGUUUUAUGUGGUCAAUUUUGUCUGCUGAUGAUGUAUCAGAGUGUUGUAAAUAAGAAUGUGUUGAAUAUCGUGAUCAGAGAAUGUUUUGAAUAACAAGCAAAUGUUAAAUGCUUCGCUUGUACAUAUAUAUAAUACAUAUAUUUAGAAAGAAAAGUUGUCUUGUAAAUGUGAAUACUGUACUGUUUCAUUUUACAGUAACAUAUUUUGGUGUAAUAUGUCAUGCCACCUUCUAGGAAACUACUUUGCCUUCAGCUAAAUGUGUGUGUGUAUAUAUAGAUAUAUAUAUAUGUUUGUGUAUAAAAUAGUUCACCUGACAUAAAACAUAGUUAUGAAUGCCAGUUGUUGUUGCAUUUACAUUUUCUUGUUGCCCCCUCAAGUUAGGUGCUCUGUGAAAAAGCAUAAGAAGAAGGGUGAAGAAAACAGUGGUCUCUUAAGACAUACAUGGACAUGAAUAAUUUAUGUCAUUAAAAUAUGAGGAUGCAGUGUAUGUGUAAAUAUUGUCAUAUUAAAGGAAAGUGUGAGGAAAAUUUAAUGUGUGACAGGAACUGUUAUUUUCAGCACUGUCAUUUCGUAUUUUGUGACUUGGACACUGUGUGGGUUUAUAUCUGAACUGCAUAUUGAGGUGUGGAAAAACAGUUUUUUAAUCUCACGUGAUGUAUGAAUUUAUAGUGUUUCACUGUACAAUAAGUGCUUUCUCUGAUGCAAUUUUGUUAUUGGUGUACUUAUAAUUGUCAAUCUAUUGAUAGCUUUUGAUGUUUCCAUUUUAACGUGAAAUCUUCAGUGACAUCUAGUUUGGUACGGCAGUAAAUAUAACUCAGAUCACACAGAAAAUUUAGUUUAUUUCUCUCUCCAUAUUAGGCGAGGUGAUCCUUCACUAAUUUAAUAUCUGAAAUCAUCAAGGAGCAGGUGGACCUUUUCUUGUAUGAACUUCACAAAACUAAGCAAACAUCAGGUUACCAAUAACUUUAUAAAUGGUAUAAAGUUCAAAAUAUGGAAAAUCAGCUUGGUUUUAAAGGUUUCACCCGUGUGAGAAACUGAGAGAACAAAGGGAUUUGAAUUUAACAAUAAUGGAGAUUUCAAGACACAAACAAGAAUGAAAAAUGUGUAGGGAACCACUACUUUUGAUGAGUAACAGACCAUUGGUUUUAAGCACAUGCUUUUUUAUUUAGGUUUAGUACAACUCUCUCAAGGACAACAAAAUGCACACUGUGUGCAUGUGGAUGACACAGUGUGUGUGUGUGUGUGUGUGUGUGUGUGUGUGUGUGUGUGUGUGUGUGUGUGUGUGUGUGUGUGUUAAUAAAAAUAUGGGGUUAAAACAUCCCCAUGAGCAGAGAAACAUGGGACACAGAUAUAACCACAAAUGUAAUGCUAACAGGAAGAAAACUCUUUUAAUAAUAUAUGUGUAAUGAUUAGUAAGUCAUGUAUAAAAAGACUGAAAAGUAUGAGACUAAAGACCAAGAGAGUGGCUUACAGUGAUAAUAAUAAAUAUAUUCAGACAUGAAAAGGAAAUGUAAACAUAUGAGAGUAUAUCUCAACAAUGCAAGCUUUCACAUGUGGACACAUUGGUAUUCUCUAUGCUGUGUUGAAGUUUGUCUGUGUUCCACAAGAGACACUAGUGGUGAGUUAAUGAACAAUAUAUGAUGUUUGAUGUAGUGUGCUCUCAUUCAUUAAAGCUUUAUUCAGUUUUAUUUCCAAUGUCAUCUCCACUCUCUUAUGAUGGUUUAAAAUUUUCACAUGUGAAAUGCAUCAGUACCAGUCAUUUAGACACUCAUCUCCUCCAAUAUUCACACUUUAUGUUUAAAACAUAUGCAUUCAUAUGCGUUUUCAGAUAAAGUAAAUUGAAGAAUACAUAAAAGGCUUCAAUGGCUUUAGGUAUAUCUUACCAACAAAUAACUCUUCCAUUCUCUCUUCACUUUUUGGAUGCAUAGAAGCCUCCAUGCACUUACCAUUUGUCACCAAAAAAUGAACCCUUCUGCUGCUGUCUCACUUUUGCAGUAAUCACUAAAAUAGUACCACAUACUUUUGGUGCACAUUCACUGAAGGUUGUCAUUAGUCCGAUACUAUGAGAUGUCAGCUCUCCAUGAUAUUUCUAUCAGUUUCAUUGAUACUUUAUAAUUGUUUGACGUGAUGUAGGCAGCAUACAAAACACACAAAUGACGCUGCAAAAUUAGUGGCUACUCAACUGGCAACAUAUACAUGUAGCAAUUUAAAGUUAUUCCAUUUUUCAAACAUUUACAACAAAAGUGAGUCACAAAAGAAGAAAUGGAAAAAGCCUACAGCUGUGUUGUCAGUUGCUUCAGGUAUACAUUAUUCUAUAUGCUAUAAAUUAUUUCAUAUGCUGACACACUGUUUGAAUAAUGUCCAUUUAUUUCCUUCAACUAUAUCAUGAUCAACAGACAGUGGCAGCAGAACAGUCAGUUGUCAUCACAUCCACACCUACAAACAGAGCACAACUCUGAGCAGUUGUUUCACUCAUGACACUGUAGGCAGGGCAAUUUUCAGACAUGUUACAUCACAUUUUGCACCUAUGGCACUUGAAUGCUGUAGAUUAAUUAUCUUGCCCUCACCAAAGAAAUGGUUCACAGUGUGGAACUCUCAUGAACUUGGUUUCCUAGAAAAAACGACAUUUCUAUCGAGCUGGAGACCACAGUGAUUGUUUGUUUCAAAAGUAAUUUAUUAUCUGGCACAAUCACAUUCAUUUAUAGAAACAAAUAUGAUUGUGCUGGAUAAUAAAUUACUUUUAUACAGUUUUGUUACUUUUCCACAAGUAUUAUUCCCUUUUUGCCUCUCCAUUUUCAAAGUUCAUUUUUUUUCUGUUGACUGAUUAACUGAUUGUUAUUGGCUUUACUCAGUUUUUUUAUCUUGUCUUAAGUUUAAUCUUAUUGCAGAUCUCUUCUUGUGAUUCAUAUGCAGCACUUUCUGUAUUUAUAUUCUUCUUCCCAAUACGUCUUCAUGUCUUUCCAUUAAUUUCAUAUCACUGCCUGGUUAACUGCUCGUCAUUGCCACAAGUUUCCUACGGUAUUCUAUCUGUAACUGCAACAAGUCAAGUAUUCCUGUCCUGUCAUUGUGUUUCAGACAGAAUUUCAGAAUUUAUCAUCUAAACAUAAAAUUUCUGGUAUCUACAAAGGACAGUGUUUCAUCUGAAAGUUAUAAAGAUCAGCAAAGACAAAGAAAGACAAAGUUCCACAUCUUUCAUCCACAUAUCUUCUGAGACAUAUAAAGGACCUGAACUGUUUUCUCAUUACUGCUAUUAGCACCCUAUCUUCAUUUUUGUGUUAAAUGUCAGAUUCAGGUGCAACUGUUCCACAGUUGUUCCCAAUGCAGUAACAAAAAAUUCAUAGUUCUGUUAUUUUAAAUAUUUUUUAUCAGCAUGUUGAUUUUCUCUGUAUUGUAUUCUGUGGCAUUUAUAUUGAGAAUUAUAAGCAGCCUUGAACUAGGAAAUUUGAGCUGAUGUGAGAAUGUGUAAUUUAUUUUGCUGUAACUGUCUUCUUGCUUAGUGACAAUAUCUUUCAUUAUGAGGAUAAAUCUGUGUAGAAUGAAAUGAAUAUUUAUAUUCCUAAACAUUUGCUUAAUAUUUGACUACCUUUACAAAAAAGUUGGAAUGAAAGCUGAAUUCACAGUAUUCUAUUUGUGUAUAAAUGCAGAAGUGACUGAUGACUAGGUUUUGAUAGGUAACAGAAAACCAUUGAUCUCAUGAACUGAUGGUUCCACCUUAACUCAAGUACUUUUUUCCAUGUGUAACUAAGCGCACAUACUAUGCAGAAUUUAGUGAAGAUUUAUUAAAGCCAUGUUAGGUCCAUGCAUGCUAUUGAAAUAUGAAUGUGUAUAGGAAUUAAAAUACAAAUGAUCAACUGCAACAAAACGAAGUACUGCUAGAGCCAAAAUUAUUUUAAUAAAUUCACAAAAGGUGUCCAUGUUCAAGAAUUUAAAAUAUGAGUAAUGACCUGCAUUGGGAUGGUUAAUGCAUUAGCAAGUUUAUUAAAACAAAGUGUGGUCACGUAUGUUGAAUGCCCUUGUGAUUUUAAUUUAUAUAUGAUGUUACCACAUUUUAAUGUAUCAUGUUGAUAUAUUACUAGUUUCUCUAUAUUCUGAAUAAAUGAUAAACUUUUGUAAUAGGUUCCAUUUCAAAGACUAUAACAUAUAAUACUAAUUUUUUGGGAAAUUAUACAAUGACUGGUUUUUAAGUAAUCUACCAAAGUGCCAAGAUCUAUACUUAUUUGUCAUUAUGGCACAGUAAAUCUAUAAAAAAGUCUUGUUUAUUAUAAUGUAUGGUAGGCAAGAACGUCAUUAGAAAUUACAAUUUUCUUGGAACUGAGUUAUGUACUGUAAAAAUGUACUGUAUCUAACUAAGGGGACUAAUGCAAUGAGCUUUUUCAUUAUAUGUGGCAAAUUAUCUGAACAUGUCAUUGUACCUCUGCAUCUAGAACAUAAUAUUUAUGAGAUCAUGUACAAAAACCCAUCAUCAUUUGAGUUGCAGUAGUAACAUCAUUUAAAAUUAAUCUUUAAAUGAUGACUUUUGUACUAUUAUGUUUUGUAAAUAAUUUUUCAGAAAAUGAGACUAAUUACUAUGCUACUUUUGGAUCACAUAUCUGUUCCUGUAAUGUAUAAAGUAUUUUCAAUGUUUUGCAUAUACCAAGAAAAACAAUUCAGUAUUCCAAAGAGAGACUGAUUGUACCAAUUUUUGAAUGUAGUGAUUUUUAGGAAAAAAAUUUUGUAUUUUAAGUGGCAUUAGUAACCUAGUGUCUUUGUACAAUGUUAUAACAACUGUACUUGCUAACCUAUUAAAGUGUAUGAUAUCCAUUAA